UUCAUUGUUGAUAGGACAAUUAUCCCCUUGGAAGCUCUAUCGAAUGGGGCUGAGUCUUUAUUUAGUAGCUAUCUAUUAACUAGAUCUAAGCUGGGAAAGAAAAAAAAACCUUACUAUCUGAGAAGGUCGUUCAGUACAAUAGUUGACCGUCGCUACUACCACGCGACUCAGCAGACUAGAAGAGAUGUGACGCAUGUGAUCAAGGAAGAUGUCGAUGAGACGCUGUAUCUGGAUAUUAUAGUUACUUGCUCAAGACUAUCUUCUUUUGUCUAUCCCCCAUCCUUCUGUUGCAAUCAUUGUAAGUAUACUGUUUGUAGGCUCUGUCAGAUGCUGGAGGAGAGACGGCACCUGGGUUGA